AUGGCUGCCGCUGUUCCCGUUCACGCCCAACCUCCUGCUGUCAUACCGACUGGCAUAGGCCAACGUGCGACUCCGCCCGGUCCUUCCGUCCGCCUCCUCACAUCCUCGUUGCGACGAUCCUCGUCCUCAGCCACUUCGCCAGCAACGUCGUCGACGCUCGCUGGGUCGCCGGACUUCUUCAUACCCCUUUUGACGGCUGUGGGUUCUGUGAUUGGUGUUGUCCUCACACUCGCCGGCGCACCGCUCGCCUUCGGCUACCUCGUCGCCUUCCUCCUCGUCGGCCUUCAGCUCUGGCAGGCUGGCGUGACGCCGAGGGGCGUGCUCAUCAUCAACCGCUCCCGCGCGCUCUGCAACAGUUUCUUCGCUCGGCACCUCUUCCUCCAGCGAUACUACAACACUUGGACGGACAUGCUCGGCAGGUGGGGAUCAAUGAUGUACAUGCUGGCGCUGGCCAUGGAUGAUGCCAUCGAAACGAGGAGGUCGAGGUGGAGAGAUUGGGCAACGGAAGUGGCAGAUUGGUGGAGGAUGGUGUGGUGA